UGUUCAUCCUUGGGUGUAGACAUGUUUUUGCAAAGGAUAACAGUCACGCUGUUGCCGAUACUCCUCGUGCAGAUAUGUCUUAUCGUCAGUGGCAAAGUAUUUUAUGAGGAAUGUCGAUCACACAUGGGAAAAGAAUUCGUCCUUAUAUUUACAGACAACAGCAGACACAGCAAUUUACUCCGUCUUUACAUUACGACACCUUUAAAUGAAAGCUUUACUAUACAUGUAGAAACACCAUUGCUGAGUCAAAUAAAUCAAGAUUUUGUCGUAACAAAUGGAACGAAGCUAGUUAUUGAACUUCCAAUAGACCUCGCAAUUUCCAGAACAACAAAAAGUAACAAAACAAUACUGGUCACAGCACAGAACUUCAUUGUAUUGUUUGCCUCAAACAUGCAGCAUAAUGGCGGUGACUCCUAUAUAAUUCAUCCAAUUGCAGUUUUAAGUACCGAGCACAUAUCUGUCAAUUUAAAAACAAAGUCAGGUAUCUAUCAUUCAGUGACUUCUGUGGUAGCUAUAGCGGAUCAAACUGAAGUGGAUAUUGCUUUACCCACUGGCUCUGUUGUAGAGUUUGAUGGUAUCAUAUAUACUUCUGGAAGUACUUUAUCUGUGAGUCUGAAUAAAUAUGAAGUUUUUCAGUUUACUUCAUCUGACGAUUUAUCGGGAACUAUUCUGACAUCAAAUUACCCUGUUGCUGCAUUUAGUGGCCAUGAACUUGGAAAUCCUGAAAUAAGCAGUCAAACUUCAAUAGAUAUGGUAUAUGAAAUGCUUGUUCCUACAAUCUAUUGGUCUACGUAUUAUAUUGCCAUCAGCAACCCCGUGUUUGAUUCAGGAGAAGGGGAACUUAUCCGAGUCUUCACUUCCGGUGACAAUACUAAUAUAAUGAUAAACACAUCCGGAACUCUUGACCAAAUAAGUAUUAGUACAAAGGCGUCAUACCAUGAGUUCCACUUACCUUUAUCCGAGGCAGCAGUUAUAACCUCAGAUAAACCAGUUUUAGUUUCUCAGAUUACAGCCGCUAAACAAAUUGCUGGAAGUUAUACAGGUGAUGCUAGAUUAGUUCUACCUAGCCCAGUGAAUGCAUGGCUAAGUGAAUACAGUUUCAAUACACCCGGCGAAAAUAUGUAUAAUGGGCUUGUCCUUUUGACUGACAGUAAUUCUUUGAUCAAUAUCACUCUAAACGAAAAGAGUCUUAACUCGUCUAUUCUAUGGAAGAAAAUCGAAGGUACAAAUUUUAUAUAUACAUCUAUACAACUUUCUGAAGGUGUACACACUUUGACUUGUAUAUCAGCUGCUUCAAAAUGUUGGGGAUAUGUAUACGGAAUUCACAGCUUAGAAGAAUAUGGUACAUCAAUUGGCCGCAGUUUUAGUCAGAAAACGGCAGACAGUUCGAACUUCAAUCAAAUAAAGAGUUCUGUAUUGGAGUUUAAAGAUAAUGGACUGUUAUUUGACACACCUAUAUUUAACACAGUAUCAAGGUCACUCGUUGGGUGUAUAAAAUUGUGCAGAAUAUAUUCUUGUUCUAUUGUUUCAUUCCGAUCAGCUGAUGGCUCAUGCUUUUUGUACACAGAUGAAGAUAGAUGCGGUUCAAUAAAACUGUCUUCUGAUUUCAAACUGUAUUUUGUUCGGAAAAGCAAUUUUUAAAAGACAAAUUAAAGUAAUUAAAACAAUGCA